AUGACCCAAGGGGCACUAGGAAACCAGGUGCAUGGCUAUGGAGCCACCCAGCUGGGCACACUUGUGUUUAUCCCGUUUAACAAAAACAAUGGCUUGGGAGAGCAGCUGAGGUUUAAGGAGUUUGAACUCUUUGCCCAAAGUUACAUGGUUGAUGACCAAAUGAAGCUGCUUCAGAACUGCUGGAGUGAGCUCUUAAUUCUCGACCACAUUUACCGACAAGUGGUUCACGGAAAGGAAGGCUCCAUCUUUCUGGUUACUGGGCAACAGGUGGACUAUUCCAUCAUAGCCUCGCAAGCGGGGGCCACACUCAACAACCUCAUGAGUCACGCACAGGAGCUGGUGGCAAAGCUUCGUUCUCUACAGUUUGACCAACGAGAGUUCGUGUGUCUGAAAUUCUUGGUGCUCUUUAGUUUAGAUGUCAAAAACCUGGAGAACUUCCAGCUGGUCGAAGGUGUCCAGGAGCAAGUUAACGCUGCCCUGCUGGACUAUACGAUGUGCAACUACCCGCAGCAAACAGAGAAAUUCGGGCAGCUGCUACUCCGACUACCUGAGAUCCGGGCCAUGAGCGUGCAGGCCGAGGAAUACCUCUACUACAAGCACCUGAACGGGGACGUCCCCUACAACAACCUGCUGAUUGAAAUGUUGCAUGCAAAACGGGCUUAGUUACAGCCCCUAGGAGCGCGGCUUCCAAAACACAAAGAGAUUGGUGGGGGGAAAGAAGAACAGGAAGAAAGGGAAAAAAAUAAAAUAAAAUACUCUGAAUGGCUCCAAGCAACACGAAUGAAACACUUGGUUUAAAGAUAUUGAAUUUAAUAAAGCAUAAUAAAUACUUCAUAGCCAAUAAGUGAUGAAUCAGGGUAUUUGUAUUGCAGACUGUGAAUCAAAGGCGUCACAUCCCCAAAGAAUUCCGCAUAAAAGACGUUGGAACGGAGUGAAUUGAACUCACGGGUGGAUCCCAACACCACAUCAGGAUGAAAAUGGACAGAACAGUUCUUGUAUAGUGAAACUGAUCUCCGCUGUGAAGGAAUCUAGGAACCGAUCUGUGUUAGCCAUUAGGCUUUUGCAGCGGGGGAUUUGAGCUUCCAGAAUUCCUCCAUGGUAAAGCGGAACUGAAACCGUUCUCAAGAGUUCGUCAGCUGCACCGAUCGUAGCCCCUUCCCUCUUCCUUUCCAGGACGCAGCACCUUCUGUCCCGUGAUCGAGGAAUCUGUACUAAGGACUAGCGCUCAGCCACACCCACUAGUAGCUCCACCAAAUGAUGAAACGCCUAAUCUUCAAUGUCUGUGUCUUAGACCUGCAAACAGCUAAUAAGAACAGUCUAUGAAUAUGUUAGCUUGCCAUUUUGACUAUGUUCUGGUUUGUUUUGUCAUGUGUUCAUGUUAAAAAAAAAGAAAAAAAGCAGGCAGUAUCCCUCUUCUGAUCUUACCUAAAGCAUUAAUUAAUAUUAAGGGCAACGAGUACACACCUCGAAAGCCUUAGCUCUCGCAUUGUAGGAUUUCAUAAAAAUUUCCAGCAGAAAGGCUUGUUAGACUACAUCAGCCUUUUUAACCAUCCAGGUUUGUAGCUCAUUAAAAAAUACACCAUGAAAUGUAUUUUGCUGGGAUGUCAAGUAGUCACAGUUCUAACUAGUUUAAAACAAAACGGAAGCAUGUUAAGCCACGCGAAGUAAAGGAAGGGAUGCGCAGAUAAAUUGACUCGUUGCAAUCGAUCAUCCCCUAAACGCAGAGAGGAAACGGUGAUCUUUACGUAUGGCCUGGAAAGAUAGUAAAGUGAUUCAGAUCUUCCCCAAAAGGGAAGGGAAGAGAGUGAUACUGACCUUUCUAAGUCUAAAAGUCUGCUGUUGAACAAAUUGGAGGACAGAGAAUUGCGAAACAAACUCUCCAAACGAUGCUGUCAGUAUUAUUCACAGGCGAUGCCACAGAUACGGAAGUCUUGCCUUACUUCACAAUUCUCAAAGGUAGCUGUGCAGAUGUGGAUCAACAUUUGUUUAAAAUAAAGUAUUAAUACUUUAAAGUCAAAUAAAAUAGAGUGUUUACAUUCUUUAGGUCCUCUAGGGGGAGGGGGGAACGUGUGAUAAUGACAAAAGAGCUAAAGCAGUAAUUACCUUAAUGUUAUUUUUCUGAUUGGUAAUUAUUUUUAACAGUACUUAGUUAUUAUAUGUCGUGAGACACUAAAAUCAAAAACGGGAAUCUCAUUUCGACUUUAAUUUUUUUUUGAGAUUAUCGGCGGCACAAUCACUUGUAGAAACUGUAAAAAAAAAAUGAAAGUUAUCUCCUAGUCCCUUAAUUUUUUCAUAAAUGUUUCUGGCUUUUGAAUAGUUUAUUUAUAUUGUAUAUCAUAGUUUCAACUGUAGACAAUUAUGAUGCUAAUUUAUUGUUCCUUGGUUUCGCCUUUGUCUGAGAUAGCCAAGACUGAAGAAACCAAAUAUAUGUGUUCAUUGUAGCAUGUCAAGUGAGCGGAACAUAGUUCAGAGACAGAGAGGGGUCUUGAUGAAUUAAAAUCAUUCACUUGAUUAAAUGUCUGUAAAUCUUCAUAAUUCUUACUGUAGUUUAUUUAAUAUCUAUUGUAAAUUAUGUGACUUGUAACCUCCUCUGUUUUCAAGUAAAUUUAACAAGGGUGGAGUCUUACCUGGUUUUUCUUUCCAAGCGUUGUAAGUUGUAUACCAAAGAUAUUAGUUAUCACUUCCGUGUGUACAAAGAGGAUUAUUUUAUUAUUUUUAUUAAUCACCUCUAAUACGCGUCCAUGCGAAGGGUACCCAUCAGCUAAGCCGGGCGUCCACAGCCCCGCGUGCAAAGCUCGGUCACCCGUGUCAUCUCCGUGGCUCAGAGGACAAUGGGAAAAUAGAGUCCAUACCCAAAGCAGUGAAUAACACAGCGGCAUCUUUGCUCUCCCCAGUUAAAAACCAGGUUGGAGGGGAAGAGUGUCAACAGUUAAUGAAAUGGUUCCAUCAAUGGGUACGGGACAUGGGUGGAAGCAAUUUUGAGAUUUGGGGGAUGGUUAUCCGGAGGGUCCUUAACAUUGCAAAAAAAAUUGUAAAAAACAAAUACAUUGAUGCCAAAAGUCCAGGUUUUAGAAUGCCAGCCGCUUGGCGUCCGUGGCCCAUGCGAAGCGCGCGAGCGGAUUUUCUCUAGUGUUCGUCGUUAAGUGGCUUACAACCAGACAUUGGCUUAGCAACUGCUUCAUCAACUACAGGAUGUAUUAGUUAAAGCAGACUCAAAUAUGAAGGUUUGGGCUUGGCCUGUUGAUUAUCGUUAGUCUAUGUUUAUAAACAGAAAGUCUGUCAUGUCUGAAUAUUUGUCUUAGAGAUCUUCUGCUGCUCCCUUGGAUCUGAACCCAUGCAAUGUUUAGAGUGUGAAGUUGGUUCCUUGUUGACAAUACUUACUGUAUCAGUGAAAUCAAAUUGUCCUGUUGGUUCUUGCCAGGAAUUUCUCAACAAAAUGGAAUUUUUUUUCAGUAUUUCAAUAAAUGUUGAUA